AGGAGAGUGACGAAGUAUGGUAAGACACUUCAAAAGCAGUCCUCGACAGUCGCUUGUUUGGAUUUGUUGUGUCUGUGUGAAAUUACAUACAUGUGAUGUUAAAUUUUUCUUGUUUCUAGAGGUCCGGAUUAACCCUUCCAAAAUGGAUAACAGAGCACUUGUUAGUGCUGUACUUUUGUUAAUUGGCAUCUUUGGUACAUCGGCGCAAAGACGCGGUGAUACAGGUACAUUAUCACCCCCAAGAAAUGUGAGAGCCCGUCUACAAAGUCCUCAGGCUAUACUCAUAGAGUGGAAUGAGCCCGAGACAACUUAUGAAAUUCAGGGAUAUAAAGUGUUGUACACAACAGAUAGAUAUCUACCAAUCCAUUUAUGGAUGGUCCAAGAGGUAUCUGGGGACAACAAGAUGACAACUAUUAGCGGCUUGAAACCUGACAGAAACUAUGUAAUAAGUGUACUGGUCUUGUCAAGCGUAGGCCCGGGUCCAAUGUCCAAUCCAGUUGAAGUGAUGACCAGACAAGUAGCAAAAUGUGCUGAAGGAGAAUUUACAUGUGGGGACGGAAUGUGUUUAGAAAAGGUCAGUCGUUGUGACGGAUUUCCCGAUUGUGAAGAUGAGUCAGAUGAGAAAGAAUGUCCUGGUGGCACAGUGUGUUUUGAGGGUCAGGAAUUGUGCGAAGAUCACCUCCGCUGUAUAAAUCCAGAUCAAAAGUGUGACGGAAUCCCAGACUGUAACGAUCAUUCUGAUGAAGCAAACUGUCCUGACACUGGGAAGGCACAUCACGUUGACAUUUUAAGCUUGAUUGGAAUGCCGUCGGAAGCAGCUGGUAUUACAUAUUCAGUAGCAUUGGGUGGAUUUCCGUCAUUUGCCAUCACGUCAAGAGCGACAAUAAAAGAAGCCUCUUCAGCAGAAUAUUUUCACGGCGACAAACUUUAUAAAGAUUUUGCUAUCACAACUACUGUGCGACUUAAAAAUGACUACGCAACUCUUUUCUCCGUUAUGGAUCCGUUUGGUGUAAAUCAAUUCGGUGUUCAGUUAGAUAAAACUUUACAAAAUUCUAAACCAAGAACUGCUGUGACUGUAUAUUACACAUCAUCAAAUAAUGGUCGCACGCGAAGGUCUGAAAUAUUAGGCAACACGUUUUAUAUACCUGAUAUAUACAACCAAUGGACGAUACUUGGAAUAAAAGUGAAAGGUGAUACUAUUUCGUUGUAUAAAAGCUGCGAGUUAGUCGAAACAAAGUCAACACGGCCACGAGAUCAGCUGAACUUCGAACGAGGAUCAGCCUUGUACUUCGGUAGAACAAGAUCGGGCUCAAAAAAUUUUGUAGGUGAUAUAAUGGAACUCAAAGUACACGAAGACCCAACAAAAGCAGAAAACGGCGAAUGCGACGAAUUAAACCGAGGCUCAGGUUCCGGUAGUGAUGAUGAAGAUUUAACUGUGACAGACUUAUAUGAUAAUAGUAUUGAGGUUGAUAAUGUACCAGAACCUGUCCAGACUGUGAGAGGUGAGAAAGGUGAACAAGGCAUGAAAGGUGAACAUGGUAUGAAAGGGGAACAAGGCAUGAAAGGGGAACCAGGGCCGUGUUGUGGAGCAGGAACACCACCUCCCAUAGGACCGCCCCCAGAUCCCACCCCAAUAAUGGGUCAAAAAGGAGAAAGAGGUGGAAUGGGUUUCCCUGGUGCAAAUGGUAAUGAUGGCCUGCCAGGUUUAAAAGGUGAGCCCGGGGAUCGCGGAGACACAGGAGCACCUGGUAUACCAGGACCACAAGGACCACCUGGUGCCAAAGGUGACAGCGGAGAUCGGGGUCCACCCGGUUUAACAAUAAUAGGCCCACCAGGACCUCCAGGUGAACCAGGACUCACACCGGAACAGCUACCUAUACCUGAAGUCCAAAAAGGUCAGAAAGGUGACAUUGGAAUUGCCGGGUUACCAGGCUCGGAUGGUCGUGAUGGAAACCCAGGACCACCUGGACCUGUAGGACCUAGGGGAGAGUCAAUACGAGGUGACCCCGGGUUACCUGGACCAGCAGGUGAACCAGGCACCCCAGGACGUAAUGGCUUGUUAGGACCACCAGGUCCCCCAGGGCCACCAGGACCCCCUGGCCCAAGUGGACCUGCCAGACCUACCAGUCUUCCUUUAAUAGUUGAUCCGGACACUAUAGAUGGUUCAGGGGAAAUAUCAGGAACUGGUGAGAAAGGUGAGAAGGGAGAUGCUGGUCCCAGGGGACCAGCUGGCAUUCCCGGGGAACCCGGAGCUGCAGGCCCCAGAGGUAUGCCUGGAGAGUCAGGGGUAAGAGGACCACAGGGACAGGUUGGACCAAUGGGACCCCAGGGUACACCAGGUAAACCUGGUGUGUUUGAAGGUGAUUUAGAAGAUCUGAGAGGUGACCCAGGACAACCUGGAGUAUCUGGACCCCCAGGACCUGCUGGAAUGCCCGGACCUGCUGGAGUACCUGGAUUACCUGGUGUGCCUGGAACUAAAGGAGAUAAGGGUCAGGACGGUUAUCCAGGAGAGCCAGGUGUCCCAGGAUAUGAGGGACCAGCUGGUCCUAACGGUGCACCAGGACGUGAUGGUCGCCCAGGACAAGACGGAAAACCGGGAGUCCCAGGUCCACCGGGACCACCUGGGCCUGUUGUGGAGAUUACUGGUGAAGUGCAAAGUGGACAACAAGGACCAACUGGGCCAUCAGGUCCUAGAGGUUUACCCGGACCUCAGGGUCAGGUAGGACUCCCGGGUGCUCAGGGAGAUCCUGGCAUGAAAGGAGACAAAGGUGAUAUGGGGGCUAGAGGAGAAAGAGGGCACACUGGAGACCAGGGCGCUGAUGGCAUGCCAGGUUCGCCUGGGGUACCAGGUGAGCGCGGUUCCCCCGGAGUGGCCGGUCUUCAAGGUCCACCAGGAGAGCCUGGUAUCCCUGGAAACCAUGGAAUGAAGGGACAGAGAGGUGAUCAGGGAGAGCAUGGUCUUCCAGGGAAUUCAACUAUCGGACCUGAGGGCCAGCUGGUAGACCCGGCCCUCCGGGUAAACCCCGGUUCCUCCAGGGCCUCGAGGUCCCAACUGUUCCAUUAUGAUAUUGACUUAGACACAGAGGGCUCUGGAGAGUUGGCAGUAGGUGGAUCUAAUUGUGGAAAUGGUGAACCUGGUGUAAAAGGUGAACCUGGUGAGAAAGGAGAGAAGGGCGACACCGGAGCUACCGGACCUAAAGGAUCAAUGGGAGAUACAGGCGAACCAGGACGUCCUGGUCCUGUUGGACCUGAAGGUCUCAUGGGACCCCAGGGUGAACCAGGAUCUACAGGAAUUAUGGGUCCUAAAGGAGAUAUGGGCGAUAGAGGACUUCCCGGUUUAACUGGACCUGCUGGACCACCAGGGCCGGCUAGCCUACUUUCUGGACAGGAAGCAGUUGCAGGGCAAAAGGGAGAGCCCGGUGAAAUUGGACCUAUAGGACCUAUCGGCCCAAGAGGACCACCCGGAAAACAGGGUGAAAUAGGCUACCCAGGAUUCCCUGGUCCAAGAGGGUUCCGCGGCUUCCCUGGUCGUAAAGGAGAACGUGGUUAUGGUACCCCAGGUAGGAAAGGUGAUCCUGGACCUCCCGGUCCACCUGGCGCCGCAGUUUCAUCUGCCGGAGAAGGAAGUAAAGGCGAACCGGGUGUACCUGGACGAGAUGGAAAACCAGGUGAAAAGGGAGACUCUGGAGAUGUCGGCCCUAGAGGACCACCCGGACUUCCCGGAACACCAGGAAUUCUUUCUGAUCAAGGAACGUUUGGAGGUCAAGGACCUAUUGGGCCACAGGGUCCACCUGGUCCCCAAGGUCCACCAGGAUAUCCGGGUCGGGACGGUCUACCAGGACGGGAUGGUGUAGGAGAGAGGGGUCCAAUGGGACCACCAGGUCCGGCAGGUGAUGGAUCUGGUAAAAUGGGACCCCCAGGCCCGCCAGGACCUCCAGGCAGACCAGCAUCCGGGGAUGACAGUUCAAGCUCGUCAGGGGCACCAGUACAGUUUCAGAAUGCAGAUGAGCUGCAGAGAGGGGCUCGUAGGGCUCACAUUGGUACACUUGCAUUCGUAAUGAACACCGAGUCUUUAUAUAUCCGAGUUUCCCAGGGCUGGAGAAGUGUUUCGCUAGGUACCGACUUGAUUGAACUGCUCCCAGAAACUCCAAAGAAUAUAGUUCUACCUUUCGAGAGGGAAAAUUCUACCACUAGUAGUGCUACAACAGUUGUAUCGGUAAAUAGUUGUUAAACGUUUAUCACAUGU